AUGCGGCCCUCGCCCUCCUGGGCAUCCCCAACAAGGCCUGGCCUCCGCCGUCGCCUCUUCGCGUUUGGCGCGCCCUGGGCCUGGCCGGUCUGUCUACGACACAGAAAGGUCAAAAAGUGCGAUUUCAUUCCAGGCUGCGAGGAGUUGGUCAAAGAAUUCCACGCAGAGUGGAAGGACAAACGGCCUUCAUCGGCCAGUCUGGCGGGCGGGCCACAGGCAUUUCUAGCAGCAAAGGAGAUCACGUAG